UUCCUGGUGGCACUUCUACUACGUCUAUCCACCUCGAGAAGGCUAUAGCGAAUCUGUUGAAACUUCAGGCCUUGUCUCAGGCGUUUUCCAAUCAACCUCCCUGGGUCCAUCCGUUGGCGGUAUGAUUGUGGAAUUUAUCGGUAUCAGGUGGGCUGCGUCCAUCAUUGCCUGUCUUCAUAUCAUUACUGUAAGUUAUUAA